GCAUUUUUUGCUGAACCUAAAGUAAAACAACUACUGUACCAUCAUUCAACCUGUUGGUUCACCACAACUUUAGAUGUUUCAGAUCUUCAUAACAUGCGUAUCACACGUGCUGCCCUCCGAGCUCAGGCUCAAGACGAAAACAACUUCAUCCACGAAGACUGCAAUGCAGACACUAUUCCGGAAGAUGUUGGCACAGACAUAGAGACCGACCGACCAGCCUUGAAGGACAUCACUAACGACAACUACCCAACUGCGGAGGACGAGCAAAGCCCUGAAGAAGCUUCGGAGGUGACGCUAACAACGAAUAAGAAGGAGGAAGAGCCCACCACGAACAACAACUCUGAGCAGAAACCCAAUCGACGGGAACACGAAGAACAAUCGCAGGCAGUAUAUAAAGAUUCACAGGGCAACACCCAUCAAACACAGGAGACUGCCCUGGUUGAGGCAGGAACCAGGGACGACCAGCCCCAACUUGAAUCCGAGAACGCCGCAGCUGAGCAAGUCCAAAUCAUCGGCCUGACCUCGACUCCUAAACAAUCUCGUAACGACGCUCCCAAAACACCUAAAUUCGAUCCCUACAUACACACCCCCGCGCCAGAGAUGGCAACCUCAAACCCAGACACGACCGAAGACUCCUUCCUUGAGAACAUCAAAUCCAGAUCUCCCAGCAAGAUACACUCUGACGAAGAAGUGUCCCAGUCUCCCUCGACCUACAAUGUGGAACCUAUCUCGCGAACACCCAGAAUAGAAGACUCUGUCGAAGCGAUAGACGCACUUGAGGAUGCGAUUGAAGAGUUCUCUGACAAGAUUCCUGACCUGGACGGCCUCAAGAUCGAGUCUCCUAUCAAGUCCCGCAAAAACACACCAGCACGCCUGACUACAACAAAGACGCCAAACACAUUGAGGAAAUCAGAGCGAUCACCAGGCAAGCCCAUUCGAACACCCUCCUCGAAGACGGCCUCCAAAGUCACAGUAAAGCCUGCCCCGGCGCCUCGAGCCUCCACCGUCGUCCGCAACGCCCAAAUAGUCAAACACACCUCAAAAGCACCCAUCAUCACCAAGAAACCUAUCAUUGAUGGCCUCAAAGCGCAAGAAUCUUCGGCCUGGGCCUUACCAUCUCUGACGUUUUCCAACUCUCCAGCAAAAGCCCCAUCCCACUCAAACACCACGAAGAAACGCGUCUCCAGCGCUACCCUGUCAACCAACAGACCCGCCUUCAUCGUCGCCAAAUCUGUCAAGGCACCGACGAGGCCGACUUUCAGCCUCCCAGGAGAAGCAAUCUCAGCCAAACUCAAGGCUCAAAGAGAAGAACGACUCAAGCGUGAAGAGGAGGCUGAGAAGGAACGCAAGAUUUUCAAGGCUCGACCUGUACCCGUAAAAGGGGCCCGACCGAGCGUUGCCCCCCGUGAAAACAAAGCCAGCCAAGCUAGAUUGAGCAUCUACGCCGGUGGAGUGAACAAGGAGAACGUGGCGCCCACGAAGAAACCUGAAUCCAAGCAGCGGCCGUUGUCGCUCAGCGCGAAACCAGACACUAAUAAAGCAAACUCAAGCGUGCGCCGCGUCACGAGUGUCGCGGCGGUGGCCAAACCUCGAGUAUCCUCGUUGCAAUUGACGGCGGGUCAAAAGCUAUCGGUCACUAAGGAAGACGUGGAGCAGCAGAAGGCUAGAGGCAGGGAAGUGUUUGCCCGGAACAAGGUUGAAAUGGAGAAAUUGGAGAAGGAUAGAAAGGAAAAAGAAGAUGCUGCGCGCAAGGCGAGGGCUGAGGCUGCUGAGCGUGGACGACAGGCAAGUCGCGAGUGGGCGGAGAAACAGAAGAAGAGACUUGCUCUGCAAAAUGCUGCGAAAGUGGCAGGUAGUGCCCAAGGUCCGAAGGAAGCCGUGAAUUCUGCUUGACUGGCUUUGGCAUCGGGUAUUGAUGUUUACAAAAGUUUUUACAGCGCCGGUGUUGCUUUUGGAUCAGGGAUUGGUUUUGUAUGUGGAUGUUACACCUGAGUGUUGUAUGAGUCCUGAUAUCACAUUCCAAAGUUAGUCAUUAUGCUUCCCCAACUUCUCGAGUAUUAGCAAGUAACGCGGUAUAUCGGGAGUCCGUUAGGCGUAACGACUACCCCCGCACAAAAUUAUUUAGAUAUCGCGUUGGGUGUGACGGGCCCCCCAGUAGGCAUGCCUAAAACAAUCAACGUUGGCACUGGCGUGCUCUGCCGUAUGCUCUGCCGUAGUAAAUGACGCCUAUCUUGUUGUCAAAACAUGUUUAUUACCGGUUCAACCUCGGUAAUACU